CUUUUAAUGUGGGUCACUUUGCCGGCUUCGGAGGUAAGUAAUAGUGAAUUUAAAUUCUAAUGCAAUCUCAAUUACGUUAGCGGUAGAGCGCGGAGUUGCAAAACUUAGUUGUUCCAUGCCUACUUCAGUUCACAUUUUUCCAACGUUAGGACUAAACGUGUUUUUGUUUUCCCCGUGUAAAAAUAUCGCCCCAGCAUGUCCUCCGAAGGUUACUCCUCUUCGGAGCUGGAGUCCAUGCCGGACCGGAUAGCGGAGACGUUCUCCGGGAUGACCCUGCUCGUCACUGGAGGCACCGGCUUCAUGGGGAAGGUGCUGGUGGAGAAACUACUCAGAAAAGUUCCUGAUAUUGAAAAAAUUAUGCUAUUGGUUCGCCCUAAAAAAGGAAAACUUCCAAAACAACGCCUCGAAGAAAUGUUCAACGAUGCGUUGUUCGAGAAACUCCGCGAGCUCCGCGGUGGCACAGCACCACUGUUGGAGAAAAUGCAAAUCAUUGAUGGUGACAUGAGCGCCCCAGACCUGGCCAUCAGCGACGCUAACAGGCAGCUGAUCAUCGAAGAGGUGGACAUGAUCAUACACGCCGCGGCGACUAUCAGAUUUGACGAGGAACUGAAAAAAGCAGUCUUACUAAACGUUCGGGGCACAAAGCUUAUUCUAGAAAUAGCAAAAAAAUGUAAAAAACUUAAGCUUUUUACUCAUAUAUCAACAGCAUACUGUCACUUACACGAGAAGCUUCUGGAAGAAAGGCCGUAUCCCCCUCCAGCAGACCCCCACAAGAUCAUAGACGCUGUGGAAUGGAUGGACGAGGAAACCAUCGCUACUAUAACGCCAAAGUUACUCAGCAAACUGCCAAACUCAUACGCAUUCACAAAAGCCUUGGGAGAAGCCUUAGCCGUCGAAGCUAUGGAGCACAUACCCGUAAUAAUCCUCCGUCCUUCAAUUGUAAUUCCUAUUUGGCAAGAGCCAGUACCUGGAUGGACCGAUAACAUAAAUGGACCUACUGGUCUUCUUAUUGGUGCCGGCAAAGGGGUGAUCAGAACGAUGUACUGCAAAAGCAACAGCUAUGCUGAUUACUUGCCUGUGGAUGUGUUUAUCAAUGGCAUUAUGAUUUGCGCUUGGAAUUACAUUAAAAAUGGAGAUACGAAGACGAACGUGGUGAACUUCACAUCGUCCGCUGAAAUCAAAGUGACCUGGUUGGAGAUGAUUGAUGCUGGGAGGGAGAUCAUUAUGAAUAGAGUGCCAUUGAAUGGUGUCGUAUGGUAUCCAGGAGGUUCGAUGAAACAUUCUCGGCUAUACCACAACAUUUGUGCAUUAUUUUUCCACUGGAUUCCAGCAGUCCUCAUCGACACUCUUCUUUUCUGUCUCGGAUAUAAACCUGUGUUAAUGCGGGUCCACCGUCGUAUAAGCAAAGGUUUCGACGUUUUCGAAUACUACACAAACAACCAGUGGGACUUCAAAUCUGACAUCGCACAGACCCUUCGAAAAAGUCUUAACCCUAGGGAGAGGAGAGAUUACAAAGUUGACGCUAUUGGUCUGGACAUAUCAAAAUAUUUCGAAGAUUGUAUCAAAGCUGCCAGAAUCUUUAUUCUAAAGGAAUAUGAUGACACUCUGCCUGCUGCCAGAAGGCAUAUGAAAAUCAUGUGGUUCGUGGAUAUCGUUACCAGAUUUUUGUUCUGGGGUCUAAUCUUCUACUGGAUCAGCGGCUGGAUCUCGACGUUCUUCAGUUUUCUAUCGACAUCUAGUGAGAUAACUCCUAAAGCCAUUGUAGAAUAAAUUUUGUGAAAUCCUUGAUUUUAGUUGAAUAGUGUUUUAAAUUUUAUUUGAAUAAGUGGAUCGUCCUACUCGUAUUGCUCAAGAGUAAAUUAACGAAAUAUUGGUGAAAGAUUAAGAAUGUAUUAACUAUAGACAAUUUAUUUUUAAAACGGGAGGAAAAACGUAAAUACAGUAAACUAUUUAAUUAAAGAACAUUUUAUUACAUCUAUGCUACUCUUGCAUGAGUUGCGUCAUCAUAACGAUAGAACGAAUUUCGGCGUCCUGUUUCUAUAAAAGCGGUUGGACAUAGUGAACUAUCGCAAGAAAAAGAGUGAAUUUUCUAAAACUGAUCUGUGGUUGGUUUAUAUUAGAUACCUAUGUAAGUAUUAGGAGGAAAAUUGUAUGAGCUUAGUAGAUAUUUUAAUACACCUACCAACUCAGAUAUUAAUA